AUGCAAGAUCAAACAUUCAUCAUGUUAAGAUAUGGAUUAUAUUGCUGUAAAACUGCCUUUAAUUAUACAGGAAAAGUGUUUGAUCAUAGUCACCACGAUCAGUAUCACUAUGAAGAUUUUAAAAAAGGUUGGUCAAUUUUGGGAAGAUAUCAAGACCAAUCUGAUUAUGAAUGGAAUGCAUGGUCCUCGUUAACAUUAAAUUUAACUCCAUUUCUAGCUAUCAAUUUCUUCAUUUCAGAGUUACUUAAAUAUAAAAAGUUUUCCUAUGCCAUACCAUUGUGGCAUACUUUUAUUACCACAUUUUUUUUGAUAUUUCAUUUUGUAAUAAUUCACUAUUUAAAGCCCGAUUUGUGGUUUAUAAGUAAUGAAGAAGAUCAAUAUGUAAUAAUGGUAUCAUCAUCUUGGUUAGUUUUAAGAUGCAUUAGUUUUUCAUAUGAAAAAUUAAGUGUGUCUCCUCCAGAAAAAAAGAAACAUGCCACAUUAUCCAGUUUUUUAUCACUAUUAGAUUAUGCAUUUUAUUUACCUACCAUGUUUUGCGGUCCUUUUAUUUCAUAUUCAAGUUUUAGAGAAGAUGGAAAAAUAGAAAACAAAUGGACAAAAAAUAGGAUUUAUUUAAUUUUAAAAAAAUUUUUCAAGUGCCUGUUUUGGUAUUAUUUUACAAUAUUUGCACUACAUUUUAUAUAUGUUAAUGCAAUUCUUCUUCGACCGGAAUUUAUUCAACAUCUUUUGGAUUGGGAAUUGGCUGGUUUAGGGAUUGCAAUGGGACAUUUUUUCCAUUUAAAAUAUAUAGUUUUUUAUGGAAUUCCUUGUGCAUGGGCUUCAGCAGAAGGAUUUUUAACACCUAAACUUCCAUGUUGUGUUUCAACCGUUCAUUUGUAUUCUUACAUGUGGAGAAGGUUCGAUCAAGGACUUUAUUUAUUUCUUGUCAGGUACAUUUAUACUCCGAUUAUACAGGGUAUGAAAAGCGACUUAUUAUUGAAAAAAGUAAUUGCAUCCAUGGCUUGUUUUACAUUUAUGUUUAUUUGGCACAAAGAACAAGAAUAUGUUUUUUAUUGGGUUUUAUUCAAUUUUGUCGCCAUAUUAAUAGAAUUAAUAGCAAAGAAAAUUUUGACCAUUUCAAAAUUGCAAUCAUUUAGAGAGAAAAACAUGAGCAAAAAUAAUCAAAUAAGAUUUCAAUGUUUUCUUUCGGCUCCAUUACAUUGUUUUUCUAUGAUUUCAAAUUAUUUUUUCAUCGGAAAUGGCGUCGAAAUAGGAUUUUUAUAUUUGAAGAGAGUUUAUUACGUUGGUAUGUGA